AUCACCUCAUGUUAAAUUUACCAGAAAGGGAGUAGUUUACCACCGCAUGUACAGAACGUAAAUUCACUCACUACAAAUUAUAAUCGCAAUCCAAAGACAGCGCAAUUUCGUCCGGUUAUAUCUCCACUUUCGUCAUCGUGUCAGAAUCGCAAUCGGAGAAAAUGUAAGCAACGAACAUUUCAGUUCACCAUCAAGCAAAUGUGCAUUGUCAAUGUAACUUUUACAUAUUUCAUAUUCCUAAAUGUUUAUAAUUGCUCCAUAGCAAUGGAGGAAAACUUUCUGCCAGUUUCUGGGCUUCGUCAGUUUCGAAGUUUGGAGGAGGAGGUUCUGGAACUGGAACUUCUGGACAGACUGGACUCGGAGGACAUAUGUGAGCUCCGGAAGUAUUUCUUUACAAGCGACACAACAGUCAAGAGGAAACGGCGGCCAAGUCACAAGAAGAAUGCACGGGCGAAGGAACCUCAAGAGCACAGAUUCGGUGGCCAGCCGCUGACCAAGAGACAGUUCGUGAGGGCCGUCGGGAAAGUGGUCGGAAACACUCUGUAUUCGCCGAGCGCGAGUAGCUGGUUCGAAUCUGUAAACACCUCAAAGACGGGUCGAGUGUGGUGGGAGCAAUUGCUGGACCACAUGAUCGAGAAAUUAGGCAGCCGCUGUGUGGACGGCCUAGUCAACCCACUACGGCCGCAAAUCGACAUUGUCAAUAUGCCUCACUGCAAGAGAGAGACCAUCAUCAAGGUGGUGCCCAUCGAGACGCAGGCGACGUUCUGCUACGCGGUGGUUAGCAAGUUCGGACGCGUCGGGGUAUACGACGGCCGCCUCCAGCUCCUGGACAGCUACGUCAUCGCCUUAGGCGAGGGAGAUGUCCGCGAGCGUAUCGGUGAUGCGGACGGCGUCGGCAGGCGUCGCCGCAUUACCUCAAUCUGGUUGACUGACGCCGUGCAUCUGCCAGAUGCCAGCGUGCUGCUGCUGGCGUGUUCGGACCGGAGUCUACAUAUGUACGACUCUUCCACUCUGAUCCAUGCCCCGCUGUUCCUCAUCAAGGGCAUGGAACACGUACCGCUGUGCCUUUCUUACACAACAGGCAGCGGCAAGAACAGCUCUAUGCUGUUCAUUGGGGACAGUGCCGGCAAUGUAACCACCCUGCACUUCCACCAGCCCAGUGCCUCACUCUUCCACAAAAGGCACCCAAACAAACUCGACAAGUACUACUGGGUGGAGCUGAACCAGCAGACGGACUACGUGAACGUGACAGUGGACGUGGGUGUGCACGGAGACGCCGUGCGACAAUUGGCGCACUUCCCGGACAACGACACGGUUGUUUCCUGCAGCCACGAUCCGUUCGCUACGCUUGUUAUCCGCCACGUCGCAGCAAGGAAGACCCCUUACAUCUUCAGACUCUCUCGCGGUGUCCGGUGUUUCCAUCUGGAGCGCUGCAUGCGACUGCUUGCUACGGGCAGCGACGACAAUGCGACGAGGUUAUGGAACCCUGUGGUCACAAAACAACCCCUAGUGACCCUGUUCGGCCACAAGACGGCCGUGGUAGACGUCCUCAUUCUGCGCCACCUCAGGGCUGUCGUCAGCUACUCCCAGGACGGGGUCCUGAAGGUAUGGGACACGGAGGACCACUGCUGCCUGCAAACCCUGCGCAUCAGCUUCCCGUCCUUUUCCGUACUUGGGAAGGUGGUGGAGUACGGCACGCGGUCACUGUAUCCCGGGCCCUCCUCUGGGGCCGCUCUGACACCCUCCGACUCCGAAGUGUGGCUGCGAGGCCAGCUGCUGGUGGCGUGCUGCGACCAUGUGGCGCUCCUCAGGGUCGAGACAGCCAGAAAGAACACCACUCCACCCCCUUUACCACCACCCUCGCGCGAGCACCACGCCUCCGUACCCUCGCCUUGGACUGCGGCGGACGCGAGGGGCCUUAUCACCCCGGACCUACCAUCGUCACUCGAAGAAUCCGACUCCAGGCGGCGGUCCUCCCGAUCAUCGGAGAUAACGACGACUCUAGACGCGCAAAGUCUGCGCAAGGCAGCGAGCCUGCGGGGCCUGAACAUGCUAAGGGUCAAGCACGAGCGUCAACUGGAGGACAGGCGACCCCUCGUGGAGCAGUGUGCGCCUCAUCUGGCCCUCCAGCUCUGGGACCUGCAGGACAUCCAAUUUUCGCGGGACUUGCCUCUGACACGACGCAUGCACGACCGCGGCCUGGAGCUCUCCGACCCGGACAAAGUGGUUCACGCCAGAUUACCUGCAGCAGCUGGCAGCAGCAGCAGCAAGGCGUCGAGUACCGUCUCCAGCAUCAGGUCCAGCGUCGGUAGACAGCUGAGAGUCACCCCUCCCAGGACCACGAGGACUUAAAUUCGCGAUGCGCUAGAUGAGAUAAACUAACUGCGGCGAGGACUGCAUGACGUCAGACUAACUCUAAGGAUUUCACGAAGGCGAACUUCGCCUACAUAAGCAAAUAAAUUUUAAAAAAGUUAAUGGGUUUGUAGCUGUAAGAGUAACUCGCAUAUCCGUUAUAAACACCACUCGACUGACGAUGUUUAGAAAACAAUCGUUGUUUAUUCUCAAGAGACGUCUCCCUCCAUCAUGGAAAAAAUUGCAGUGACUUUUCAGUACGAGACAAUAAGUCACCACGGAAGUACUUUAUCUGACGGUUUCCUUGCAAAUUGAUUACGAUGAGCAGGGUAAUUAUAGUAAUUAAUAAUUCUGCAAUAACUGUGUGAAGUAUGUAGGCCUACUGUCGAUGAUAAUCUAAACGGAGAAUGAAUGAAGGCUACCGAAGCUGUCUCGGUCAAUUUUAAUUUAAUGUCCUGAGUCUGAAGUGACUGAGGAAAAUCAAUUAUCAUGUAGAGCUGGUGGGAAAAGAAUGAAGCCGAUACAACAUUUCGUUACAAAACUGGCCAGAGGCGUAGUCGGUUAUGAAACUCUCUUUUGAAAGUUAUGGAGACAGCGCAAAGAUUUGGAUUGUGUGAUACCAGGGCUCGCCAUAAAGCGAACAAGGUCUUCGACAACUCCAGCGCUGGGAUCAUGAGUCCGAAUCCCGCUCGGGGCAAUGGUCGUGUUCGUCUCUUAUUGUCCUUUUGACGGAUAGACCCCUAGUGGUCCUAACAAAUGUCUAAAGGCUUCGUUGUUUAAAAUUAAUUCUGAAACAGAAGAGACUAAUGUCCUAAUUUGCUACAGCUGGGGAAAAAAUUUUGGAAUGAAGUUGCGGAGACAGAGAAUCCAUGAAGAAAUAUCAGGAAGAACAAUAAAAGACUUGAAUGUCAUGGAAAGUUUUCACAAAGAUAAGCCCAUGAGUUUAACUAGGUGCUGACUUAUCAAUCUAAUGGCCUCUGUAUUCAGGUUAGACGUAGGCGAGACAAGUACUUCCUGGUACUUAUUGUUUAUGUUGUUCGAGUGAAAUUAUGCGGUCUUAUCGGAAUUUCCUGUGCAGUGAAAAGAAAUAAAUUAUCCGCUUCUAAAAAUUUGGCUAUGAAAAUGAUUUGACAGUAGAAAUUACACAACUGAAAUAAUGCGUUUGAUCCCAUUUGUAUUUUCAGUCCGCAAUGAAAGUCUUAUGGAAAGUAAUUUCUGUGUUUCAUCUUAACAGCAAGAGUCUUCAUGCACUUUUAUGAAAUUUCGUUCUGCAGGCGAAAGCCUAAAUGAGAGGAUAAUAAUGCACGCUGGAAUUACGUAAUUGGUCAUUUGGAUCGUGGAAACAGAUGGCAGCAUCACAUAUCAAGAAACUGAGAAAAUGGGAAUGUCCCGACAUUAUCUUGAAAAGAAUUAGGAAAACCAAUCACGAGAGAUUUUUUUCCUGCCUAUUAGUUAAGCAAUCUGCAGAGUGAUAGGAAUUUCCAUCAAACACUGGCGCAAAUAAACAUUUCUGAGUGCAGAACCCACGUGAAAUUGACAUCUCCCCUUAUCUGUGCAUCGACAUAACGAUUGCAUUGUUACAAGAUGGCGCGAAUAAAUUCGAACCACGAUCCGGCAAGAUUAUCGUCGAAACUUCGAUAAAAGUGGUGAUCAGUCAUGGUCCACUGGAAGUUUCCGAAGUCCCACUGCAGACACCAGGUGCCGAAGUUCGAGGUUUCACUGACGGUUAAACCGAAGAGCUCACAAGUUAAGAUAACACGUACUGUGGGUAACUACAGGGCAUAAUCUUUGUCCUUGAUGCUAGUCUAUUGCUGAUGCAAAUCUUGAAACGAAACAACAGAGACGUUAUUAUCACUAACUGCGUAAUCCCACUGAUACAAUCCUUCAAAACAUCUAAUGCACGUUCAAUACCUUUGUUUGUUCAACCGUCUUUUCUGGGCCUAAAUUCGUACGCUGUAAUGCGUAGAAUACUGAAUGUAUGCAACCACAUCAGCGUAAUGAAACAUUUAGAUUCCGAAUUUAUUUAAAAAUCAAUUAAUUUUGAGACCGGAAAUAAACUAGUUCAUUCUUUGCAUUAGUUAAGAAAACGACCUGUGACCGCGUUUGAGAAAUACUCGGGCAGGGUCGCCAUUAAACAAUUGCCCAUGACUUAAUUGCUAUGGUUAUUUAAAUAACUUUCUCAACAGCUUGGAUUAAGUGCAGAGUCGAAUGCUGGGAUAAUAAAUGAUAACGAAUUUUGAAGAUGGCGGUUGUAUCUUGUCUUAAGUUAAUGUCCCGAAAGUUGAGUGCAGGGACUGAGGAAAAAGGAACAAUCGGAAUAACCAACCUGUAGACCGAUAUUCAAACACUGCACGUCCCUAAUAAGGCCUACAGAAACACUCGACAGAAAGUUGUUUAGCUGAUGAGCUGUUGCAAAACCGUUGUCACAAAAGCCACUGUGUGCCUAUUUGAGAUAAAUUUACAUUCCCAACUUUGUCAGGAGUCAGUACACAAGGCGCAAUGUUACAGACAAGCCAGAAUGAAUGUACCAGGUGGGGGGGACUGAAGAAAUCAUGAAUUUUUACAGCUUCAGAUCUGCUAUAUGAUCAUCUUAUCUUUAGAAUCAGCAGUUGUAAUAAUUCGUGAAAGACGCAUUCAGAGGCCAGACGAUUAAAACAGUUGUGUAAUUUACGCGACGUUCUGAGUAUUAACGGCACUUCCGUUAGCUUUUAUCUGUGCCUGGCCAGCAGUUUAUAUAUUACAGAGAUUAGUCAAUUACAAAAUGCAAAUAUACACUAUGCGAACAAGGCCAAAGGUAAAAGGAAAUUGUAUCCAGAAAAUAAUUUUUGAGUUACAAAGCACAACCGAUUAAAUAUGUUUGGAAUGACAUUGCUCCCGCCUUUGGAUAUUGACUCUUUUAACACAAUAACAUGAUAGUUAUUACAAACAAGGCAUCAUCUUCCGCCCACUGAUCAGAUAAGGACAGAAAUCGAGACUCUUUAUUAUGUGUCAUUUCGUGUGAAGUGUCAUAACUGGAGAAGUCCAAGGUGCUUUAAACGCUACCGGAAUCGCGACGCAGAAUUGUGAUAACCUCGAGUACAAAUCGCCGAGCAAGCAGCAAAAUGGCACAGACGGCAAAAAGAUGACAGCUAGGUUGCUGAUGCUGCUGUUGUUGGCGGCCACCCCGGUGACCGCCAUUAAGGGCAAGAACAUUCUUGGAAACUGGGUCGCAGCUGGCUGUGUGAUCAUUCUAGUGACAGUUGCCCUGUUUCUCAUCAUGUGGAAGUGCAUUAGCCACCUAAAGAAGCGGGAUGAGAAUCAAGAUGUUUGGAGUACAUCCCUGGAGAGUGAUGUGGAGGUGGUUUUACCGCAUGGAGACCAGCCACCUAUGCAGGUCAACUCCUGGCUCUCUUCAGAAAUCAUGGGCCCCCCACAAGUUUACCCUGAAGCUCCACCACCCACAUACUCAAACCUGGUGCUUAACAAGAAAUCUUCUCUAAAAAUGAACAUUCACGACAUCAAACACAAGGUCUUUGUGAUAACUACCUGAGAAAGCAAAGUACAAACUCUGACAGAGUGAAAUUUUGCAGCCAUGUUCAACCAAACCAGAUUUCAAACUGGGAUCACAUGAAGUAAUGAUACACUGUCACAUACGUACCUGAGACAGAGGCGAUCUCCCAGUGGUACCCCAGAAUGGCAACAAUGAAGAAUAUUAUAACAUACAGAAGCACGUUUUUUGUCAUUAUUAAAAUGAGUUGUAGUAUUUUAGUAAGGCAUAAAUUUUGCGACGUUAAAUUGAACAUUGCUGU